GCUCAAACAAAUUUGACAGCAGUUUUAUAUUUUUCACUCGUAACUUUAUCAAUUUAAUGACUCUGUGUGUGAGGCAAACAAAAUGGAGCGCAAGGAAGUGGACACACAACAGUUCAUCGAUCACACACUGCUUGCCUCGGAGCUGGGAUUGCGCGACCCAAACAACUUUAUAAUGGAUCUCAAUCUGAUGGAUCACAGUGGUGUGUUUCCCAAAAGCGAAGGACCCACCAAUCUCACCACAAAUGGCAACAAUGCCAACAGCAGCAAUGACUAUAGCGAGAAGGAUGAGCUGAACUUUCACAAUUAUCUGGUGGAUCGAAUACGGACGCCCGAUCGUAACCGCAGCUAUAGCGCUGGCAAAGAGGCAGAUGUGGAGUUUCUCACGCUUAACAGCACCUUCCUGUCGGCCGCCACAGCGGCUACAGCAUCCGAAGACAACAAUGUGUCUGUUCCACAGGCGACAGAAUCUCAGCCAGCAUUUCCAGCCCUUGCCAUUGAAAUCGAGCCCACAGUUCCCAUUGAUGCGGCCACAGGACUACAGGAUGAUGAGCUCCUCUACGCACACAGUGUGUCCACCACCAAUGCUCGCAAAGUGCUGCCACACAAGAAGCGCAUCUCACGCAAACUUAAAGGCACGAUGUCGAGCAUUGAGACGGGCGCGUCCAAUGCUAGCGCUGGCUACGACUUGGAGCCCCAUAAACAUGCCCAGGUGGCGCAGGGUAAUGCCGUGCUGUACAGCUGUGAGAUUUGUGGCUAUGCGGUGCAAACACAAUUGGACUUCUUUGCACAUCUUAAGCAGCAUUAUGAGCCCAACACGCUGGAGCAACGCUUCGAUGUGCCACAACAGCAGAAGGAACCGCUUGACAUGUGUGGUCUGACGGCACAGGAUAAGCUCCAACAGGAACAAGCCAAGCUGGAUCAGGUCUUUCACGAUGUGCAGCUCAAUUUCGAGAACUUCCACAAUAUCGCGCACGUGGACGACGACGAUGUGGGUGUUGGUGUCGGCGUCGGUGUGAGUGUUGUGGACGAUGUGGGCGUUAAUAUGGUCAUUCAUGCCGAUGCCAUAGCCUUACACAAGCUACCCAGACCGCAUGUGGAUGAGAAAAUGGCGCCCGUUGCCACGCCCUAUGUGCCCACUGUGGCGGAGCGUGCUCUGAAGAGUGCGGUGAACGAUGUGCCCGUUGUAGACGAUGUGGAGUUUAGUGACACGGAGGACAUGCUGGAGGGCAUACGGAAUGUGGUGGAUAAAGUCUCCAUUGAGGAUACCUGCGAUGAAUUGGAUCUAGAGCUGACUUCCUCCGGCAUGCGUGCCGCACCUUGGUUCAACAAUAACUUCAGUGAUAUUGCAUUUUCCGGACCGCUAAGUCAAUUGUUGCUGCCGGGUGAGCCGCCGCCGCCAGCUCCCAGACAUGAGACGUCGCCUCUAAUUAAAUCGAAUGCCAGCGAUGCGGAGCAACUGACGCUCAAUUUUCUCAACACGGCCAAGCGUACGGAAUCGGAGGCCAAACUGGAGGCCCACUUGAACAUGAAGAAGGACUUCAAUGGGCCAAGUAAUGAACAGACUUUGUUGGUGGAUCCACCACGUUCGCCCACUCCUACCGCGGCAGAGUCCAUUGAGCAACUGCAGCGUUCGCCGCUAAUGCUAAGUGAAUCUUUUAAAUUGGAGGAUGUGGAAAGCGCGCCACCGCCCUCGUCCCUGAGCCUAAGCGCAGCCAGCGAUAGCAUGGCACCACCCUCACCCGCCAAUUCCUUUUAUGAUUCCGAUGAUACCAAUGAAGUCGAGCGUCAGAAUACGGAUGUGGAGGAGUUCGUUGCGAGCAACCCAAGCAAAGCAGCUAAGAAACUGUUUCGUUGCGAAAAAUGUGCGAGGGAUUUCAAUUCGUAUAAUGCCCUCAAAUAUCACAACCACACCCACACCCAAGAGCGCGCCCAUCAGUGCGAACUCUGUGGACGCUCCUUCUACACGCUAAGCGCGCUGAAGGCACACGAACGGACACAUUCUGGCGAGAAGCCCUUUAACUGUGAACAGUGUGAGGCGAAAUUUCGUCAAUGGGGCGACCUCAAGUACCACAUCAUAUCGCGGCACAGUGAGAUCAAAGCCCACAUGUGCGAAUACUGUGGCAAAUCCUUCUCCCGCAGAUACUCCCUAGUGGUGCAUCGACGCAUACACACCAGCGAACGCAAUUAUAGCUGCGAGCAUUGCCACAAAUCCUUUCGUGCCAGCUCCUAUCUGCUCACCCACAUCAAAGUGCAUACAGGCGAGAAACCGUAUGCCUGCCCGAUUUGCGAAAAGAAGUUUCGUGUAUCGGGUGAUCUGAAGCGACAUAUUCGGGUGCACGAGCGCCUGCCACAGUCACAGGACGAGACAGCCAGAAAGAAGAAACGCAGCAAAAUAAAAGUAAAGGUUGACGACGAUAACAACUCUACCACAAAGUCUGAAUUGAUUUGCGAAUCGGAGCAAGAGAUUUUAGGAUUGUAGCACUGUGCCAAGGUUUCCAUUAGUAUUAUGUAAUUUAAAUAGCAAUUAGAUAUUUUAAUCAGCUCUUAAAACAAAGCGUAUUUUACUCGUAUAACUCAAAACUAAAAAAAUAAAGAAGAACUUUAAAAACGUGAUGAAAACAAA